GUUAGUGCAAGAUAUUCUGCUCCGGGAGUGAGAGUGCAAGGAUAAACGGCACAUGGGCUACGCGCUGCGCAUCGGUGUCACACUGAACAGCCUUUAUAUUCAGGGUUGGCAUUUCCAAGUGGGAUUGACUGAGAUUUCUCUUUUUUAACCUUGUGUAUUUGCCGGCUGAUUAUUGAUGGAGCUACAUGAACUUGAAACAUGACGGGACACCAGUGUCUCCUCUUGCGUUCACCUCUUCGGCGCUUUCACCUUAACAGGUAGCCGGGGGAAGAAAAGAAAGAAAAGAAAAAAAAAGAAAACGCCGGUUUUCUCGGGACCUGUACAGCAUUGAUUUUUCGGACCGGUUCUAAUGGAAGACGCCACAAACCCCUGACCACCUGGCUGUGUCUGCUGGAGAGCGACGCUGAUCACCACAAUCACUGCAGGUCGCACAAUAAGAUCCUGUCCAUUCCUGAAGUUAAAUGGGGGAAACGGAACUGCGACAUAUAUGCAGCCUCUAAUUUCCCCCUGUUUGUGCGACCAGCUGCUUUUACCCCAAACCUGUUCUUGAGUCUGAUUACUCCUGCGGGGCGAUUUUUUUCUCUCUCUCUCUUUCCUGGACCCAAAGCUUGAUUUGACUGAGAAGGAUAUCUUUCCCCGAAUAAGCUCGCAGGCACACUGGAAAAGAAGACUAUGAGCUGACACACUCCAGUUUUUCUCCUGCGCUGGAACGGAUUUGGGUUUGUCCUGGGAAGAUUCCUGCCAUCACAUGUAAGGAGUCCCUGCCUGUAACAACGUUGCAUAGAAAAAAAAAAAAUCACCUUUUAAGUUGCAAAGGCUGGAAACACAUUUACGUGGUCAUGGAUCUAAAAGACUAUUACCUGUUGGGCACCCUACUUGCCUGCAUAUGGCUCGAUCCUUCAAUAGCCCAAGAGCUAAUCUACCCCAUCAGAGAGGAGUUGCAAGAAAAUGUCCUCAUUGGAAACAUACCAAAGGACUUAAACAUUUCCCAUACAAAUGCUGCCACUGGAGCAAGUGCUAAUCUUGUGUACCGACUCGUCUCUAAAGCAGGAGAUAACCCACUGGUCCGCGUUCUGAGCAGCACAGGCGAGAUAUUCACAACAUCAAACCGAAUUGACAGGGAGAAGUUGUGCCCCGGUCCCUCGUUUGAGGACAGCGAAUGCUCCUUUGAAAUUGAAGUGGUCAUCCUCCCUAAUGAUUAUUUCAGGCUGAUUAAGAUCAAAAUAAUUGUCAAAGACACAAAUGAUAAUGCCCCCAUGUUCCCAUUCCCUGUGAUCAACAUCUCUAUCCCAGAGAACACGCUCAUUAACAGCCGAUUUGCUAUUCCUUCUGCCACUGACCCGGACACUGGCCCCAACAGUGUCCACAAAUACGAGCUGAUCAACGGGCAAAGUGCCUUCGGCUUAGACAUAGUCGAAACGCCUGAGGGGGAGAAGUGGCCCCAGCUCAUUGUGCAGCAGAAUCUGGACAGAGAGCAAAAGGAUACAUAUGUGAUGAAGAUCAAAGUGGAGGAUGGUGGCAGUCCACAGAAAUCCAGCACUGCCAUUCUCCAAGUCACAGUAACGGAUGUCAAUGAUAACAGACCAGUGUUCAAAGAGAGUCAGAUAGAAGUGCAUAUACCAGAGAACUCUCCCAUUGGCACGUCUGUUGUGCAGCUUCAGGCCACAGAUGCAGACAUAGGAGCAAAUGCAGAGAUACGUUAUGUAUUUGGGACUCAGGUGUCUCCUGCUACAAAAAGACUAUUUGCAUUAAAUACAACAUCUGGCCUCAUUACAGUGCAGAGGCUCCUGGACAGAGAGGACACUGCUAUUCAUAAGCUCUCUGUUUUAGCCAGUGAUGGCAGCUCUAGUCCUGCCAGAGCUACUGUUACCAUAAAUGUGACUGAUGUUAAUGACAAUCCACCUAAUAUAGACCUGAGAUACAUAAUCAGUCCCAUUAAUGGCACGGUUUUCCUCUCUGAGAAGGAUCCCAUCAAUACCAAGAUCGCUCUCAUCACAGUGUCAGACAAAGACACUGAUAUCAACGGCAAGGUCAUUUGUUUCAUAGAGAAGGAUGUGCCGUUCCAUCUCAAGGCCGUGUACGACAACCAGUAUCUGUUAGAGACAUCUGCGCUGCUUGACUAUGAAGGGACCAAGGAAUACAACUUUAAAAUCGUAGCUUCUGACUCUGGAAAACCAAGUUUGAAUCAGACUGCCUUGGUAAGAGUGAGGCUGGAGGAUGAGAAUGACAACCCGCCUAUAUUUACCCAGCCAGUUAUUGAGCUGGCUGUCAUGGAAAACAACAAACGUGACCUGUUCCUUACUACUCUCAGCGCCACAGAUGAGGACAGUGGGAAAAACGCAGAGAUAGUUUAUCAGCUGGGACCAAAUGCAUCAUUCUUCGAUCUCGACCGCAAAACUGGGGUCUUGACUGCAUCCAGAGUUUUUGACCGGGAGGAUCAGGAUCGGUUUCUCUUCACUGUAACGGCGAGAGAUAACGGGACGCCCCCUCUGCAAACGCAGGCAGCCGUUAUUGUAACAGUGCUGGAUGAAAAUGAUAACAAUCCCAAAUUCACACAUAACCACUUUCAGUUCUUUGUGUCUGAGAAUCUUCCUAAAUACAGCACAGUGGGGGUGAUAACUGUGACAGAUUCAGAUGCCGGAGAAAAUGCUGCUGUUUCUCUUUCCAUACUGAAUGAUAAUGAGAACUUUAUACUGGAUCCUUAUUCCGGGGUGAUAAAAUCUAAUGUGUCAUUUGAUAGGGAGCAACAGAGCUCCUACACGUUUGAUGUCAGGGCUGUGGACAGUGGCAGGCCUCCCUGCUCCUCAGCUGCCAAGGUGACCAUCAAUGUCAUCGACGUGAACGACAACACCCCCAUCGUCAUUUACCCCCCCUCCAACACAUCUUUCAAGCUCGUCCCACUCUCCUCUAUCCCAGGAUCAGUGGUAGCAGAGGUGUUUGCUGUAGACGGUGAUACAGGGAUGAAUGCAGAACUCAAAUACACCAUUGUGAGUGGGAACAACAAAGGUCUGUUUAGAAUUGACCCGGUCACAGGGAAUAUUACUCUGGAGGAAAAACCAGCACUGACUGACAUAGGCUUGCACCGAUUAGUGGUCAAUAUCAGUGACCUGGGAUAUCCCAAAUCUCUCCAUACACUGGUGUUGGUAUUUCUGUAUGUCAAUGACACCGUGGGCAACUCAACACUCAUCUAUGAUCUCAUCCGACGCACCAUGGAGACCCCAAUUGACAGAAACAUUGGCGAAAGCAGUGAAACUUAUCAAAGUGGCGACUAUUUAACCAUAAUGAUAGCCUUUGUUACCGGCGCCUUAGUGGUGAUUAUUGUCAUCUUUGUCACUGUGCUUCUGCGCUGCCGCCACGCCUCCAGGUUCAAAGCGGCACAGAGGAAAAAACAGGGGGCCGAGUGGAUGUCCCCCAACACAGAGAACAAGCAGAACAAGAAGAAAAAGCGCAAGAAAAGGAAAUCCCCAAAAAGCUCCCUGCUCAACUUUGUCACCAUUGAGGGGAACAAACCUGACGACCCUGCCCACGAGCCAAUCAACGGAACCAUCAGUCUGCCCACCGAGCUGGAGGAGCAAGGGAUUGGACGCUUUGAUUGGAAUGCCACACCUACCACAACGUUCAAACCUAGCAGCCCAGACCUGGCCCGGCAUUACAAGUCCGCCUCACCGCAAUCGGCCUUCCACCUCAAGGCCGACACACCGGUCUCAGUGAAGAAGCAUCACGUGAUUCAGGAGCUCCCAUUGGAUAACACAUUUGUUGGGGGCUGUGACACCCUUUCCAAGAGGUCCUCCUCGAGCUCCGACCACUUCAGUGCCUCAGAGUGCAGCUCCCAAGGAGGUUUCAAGACGAAGGGGCCCAUGCACACCAGACAGCAGGUAAAAGAGCACUUUUACUGGUCUAUAAGUACUGCCUAUAACUGCCCUGUUCCACAGUGCUAAAGUGCCAGUCUAGAUUAGAGACUCCCUCUAAGUUACUGUGAAGCAACAGAAAAAGAGUACAGGAGACAUACUGCUUCAGCAAGUUCCAUUAUUUCUCAAAACUUAAAAAAGAAAAAAAAAAAGAGAGAAAAAAACAACUCAAAGCAACUGCUAAUUAACGGAGUUAAUUAUGGACUCAACAAUCACAUGCAUACUUUUGGGGGAAUAAUUAUAAACUGAUGUUUUGUCAUUAAUAUAUAUUUAAUUCAUAUUUAACAGAAAUGCAAGUAGGUGAGUGAUUGCCUUGCCUCAUUUUGUCUAUUCAGCACCCAGGUUAGAUCACUGGUAAAUGUACCAACAUAACAUUAAUUGUGACUCGAUGUUCUUUGUGAAAGAAACAUUUUUUUCUUGCCUAUCUACUCAGAUUACUGCUUUCCUCAUAGAUAAAUGCUGCACACAUUCUUCCGAAAAAGAAUUUAAAAAAAGCUGACUUUUCACCUCUCUUCUCAUAAAACUCUGAGUGUAUUCAUGUUUUUUUUGUUUUUUGUUUUGUUUUUGGUGUGUAUUGUUAUAUCACAAAAAGACUUUGUAACCUUUUCAACACCUGCAGCAAUAUUAGCAGUCAAUAAUUAUUAGUCUGCUGCGGUGGUAUUGUGAAUGUCACUGUAGGCUUUGCCACAUCAUCUAAGCUGGAAUUAAAUGCCUCCUCUCAAAGCACACUAGCGAACUGAGUGAAGCUCGUUUGGAACUUGAUACACAUCCAAUUCAAAAAGGAUUAGCCAAUAAUGAGCCUCAAAUUUCAACGUAAUCCAUGCUGCUUUUUAUCAAAGCCUUAUUAAUUUUUCUGCUAAUAAAGCACCACUACACAACACACAGUUGCAACACAUGUGGACAAAUACAGGGAGCAGCAGAGAAGAGGGAAGAGAGAGUGUUUCAGAGGGAAAAAGGGAGGCAGAGUGAGAGUGUUGUCAGUGGGUCAGGCUUGACGGGUGGUGGUACUGAACCUUUAGGUGGCAGUGUUGCGCUGCAUGGCACAGUCUGGCACGACUCCAACCUGCAGUGGACUUAUAAAUGCAAGGGAGGAGAAGAAAGGAGUGAAACCUAUGUUGGUGUUCUUAGUGAAAUACUCUUGCCUAAUGAUGUAGAGGCUGCACAAGGAAGAUUGAUAAUGGCAGUUACAGAUGUGAGUGAUAAGAUCUAUCCGAGAGAGAGAGAGAGAGUGGAAUUACAGGGGCGACACUGUGCGACUCCUAUCGAUGCAUACCUCCGGGUCACUGCAUCUGGGGCUGCAUUUAAUGUGUUUCUGUGUGAGAGGUAGCAGUCAAAAGAGGCAUUCAGUUUGG